UAAAUAAUUAAAUUCAUUCAUCAUCCUCGUCAAAAAGGAGAUUAGAAAUCAGAAGCAACCAAAAGAACAAAAACCCUAAUUUGAAACAAUCGGCUUUUGAUUAUCAGAUUACAGACAGAGGCAUUGUCGAAGAAGAAGAAGAAGAAGAAGAGAGAGAGAGAAGACAGAGAGGAAGGGGUAAAAUGGGAAAGAAAAAGAAGAGAGUAGCAUCAAAGGUAUGGUGCUAUUACUGCGAUAGAGAAUUCGACGAUGAGAAAAUAUUAGUACAGCAUCAAAAGGCGAAGCACUUCAAGUGCCAUGUCUGUCACAAAAAGCUUUCUACUGCUGGGGGAAUGGCUAUCCACGUCCUCCAGGUUCACAAAGAGAGCGUCACCAAGGUUCCGAAUGCGAAACCUGGAAGAGAAUCAACUGAUAUUGAAAUUUAUGGAAUGCAAGGAAUUCCACCUGAUGUACUGGCUGCACACUACGGAGACGAAGAGGAAGACAACCCAUCAAAAGUUGCCAAAGUGGAUCUUCCAUCUCCGCUUGGUGGUAUAAUGCCUGGACCAGUGGGUGUUGGAUAUCCUCCACAAACUUUAGGCGUUGUGCAACCAAUUUACAGUUCUGUUGUACCGGUGCCUCCUGCUGGCUGGCCAGUUCCUUCUCGACCACAGCCGUGGUUCUCACAGCCUCCUGCUGUUUCAAUACCAUCUACUGCUCCCACAGGAUAUGCACAGCAGCCAUUGUUUCCAGUGCAAAAUGUGAGGCCACCUCUGCCCUCAGCUACAUCGCCUGCUCUUCAACUUUCCCAAGUAGCUCCUCCAGGAUUGCCCUCAUCCACACCACCUAUUCCUGUAUCACAACCAUUAUUUCCUGUCAUAAGCAAUAACUUGCCUCAAAGUUCACCAUUUUCUACUCAUUUACCUACACCAAAUAUUCCGUCAAGCACCCUUGGAGAGGUUAAAGGUUCUGUGGAUGUGCUUUCAGGUGCUAACAAUUCUCUAACAACUAGCUACCAUACUCCAGGUAUUCCAGGUGGAACAUUAGCCAAUUCACAUUCUUAUGCCUCUGGUCCAAAUACCGGUGGUCCUUCUAUUGGACCACCCCCAGUUAUUGCAAAUAAGGCUCCUGUGACCCAGCCAGCUGUUAAUGAGGUCUAUUUAGUUUGGGAUGAUGAAGCAAUGUCCAUGGAGGAAAGAAGAAUGUCCUUAGCAAAGUAUCAGGUGCAUGAUGAAACUAGCCAGGUAAGUUGUGACUACCUCUUUUAUGUUUGGAGUUGGUUUACACAUCUAACCAGAUGGGUAGGCUUUAUGCUUUGUGUUCUCAGAUACAGUUGUUUACACAUUGAUACCUAUUUAGAGAGGUAUUUCCUGUAUGAAUUUUCGAUUCCUCUAUUUUCUUUUAUUAAGAACCCCCCAGUUGGUAAAAAAUAUAUGCCUCUAGGUCAGUAUGUGAUGAAUUUCAAACUUAUCGACUGAGGGCAUGCUAUUAUCUUUUUCUUUUUCCUUUUGUUGCUCUGCAAUUCUAUUUUUUGCAUGUCAACGCCACCUAAUUUGUGGUUGUCUGAAGAUUCAAGUAGGUGUGAAUGUUUAUGCUGGUAGUUAGUAAUUACCAUUUUUUACAAGCUUGCUGGAAUCAACUCGAGGGUUCUCCAUCCUAGCAUCCUUCUCAGUUAAGGAGUGUAUGUAUUUGCUGAUUUAGAAUUUGAAUUUAUUUAUUAUUUACAUGCCCUAUGCUUUAACUCCGAAGUGUGGGGGUUUGGGUGGAACAAGAUGAUACCCAACAGAUUUUUGCUCAUUACAAUUUAUUUUUAUCAUCGAACCGUGAAUUCAGACUUGGCCCAGGUCAGCUUCUUUCAAAGUUUGGUAUCUUUUGCAUAGGACCAAGCUUUAAUAAAUCUGGUUUGUCAACUGAUUUAUGGUCACAGUACAAAUUUUUGACCGUUUCCCUUGCUGGUGCAUGUUUCAGAUGAGUUCAAUUGAUGCAGCCAUUGACAGAAGGAUACUGGAAAGCAGGCUUGCUGGUCGAAUGGCAUUCUAGAUCAACCAAUGGCCACGAAUUCAACACUCGAUAUUGCAGGAUUGCAUGAAUUGGACUGGGUCCUGUCAUAGUUGUCAUUGCUUGGAUCCUGCGGAGAACCAAUCUUGUAUGUUGUACUCUUUACAAGAAAGCAAGGUAGAAGAGCCAUUCUUUAGCAUGCAACAAAUUUCUUGACAGAUGCUGAUCGGUUCUGCAUCUUUUUGAUCUCGUUUUCUUCUAUUUAUUCAUCACAAGUCUGUUAGGAUAGGGUUUUUGAGUCUUCCUUGACAAGCCGGUGCCGAAUUGUUGGGGCCUCUCUUUCCCCUGGUGACUUAGAAACAUAGAAUUGUCCAUCAUUUGUUUUGGUGGUAUGUAUUUCAAUUAUUUUCCAAAAUAAUGUUAAUGGUAACAAUUGUCAAUUCAUUAUUAUGUUAGAAACUA